AUGUAAGAUAGUAUUUUAGUCAAAGAGGUACGUAGCCUUUAUUAAAAUUAUAAACUGUAAGAAUGUAUUGCAAAAGUAGAAGAGUUAGAUUAAAGCUUGAGCUUUAACUCUCACCAACUUUUGCAGCUUUAUAGAGGAUUAAGUUACUUUGAAUUAGGUUAGGUCAAUCAGGGGAUACAAAUUUUUCAACAACUUUUAGUUGAAUAGAAGUAGGAAAAAGAUGUUUUAAUAGAUGCUAUUGACUUAAUAGUGAGAAUUAAUUAUUGUAUUUAAGUUUAUUAUUAUAAUGAGUACUUAUGCAGGAAAAUUGCUCCUGAUUUAAAGGAAGUGUAUGAAAAAUUCAAAGAAUUAAAUAUUUUGUGCGGGAAUAAAGAUGAAUUUUAAAAAGGAGUCCAGUUGUAUGGAUAUGGAACUUAUUUAAUUAUCAAUAGGGAUUAAGAUAAACUAGAAGAAGCUUUAUAAGCCCUAUAAGAAUCUUCAAACCUUUUAGAAGAUUUUAAAUAAGAUGUUUUGAGCUUUUUAGGAUUUUCUUACUAUUAUUCUGAUAAGUAAUAGUAGUGCUUAAAAUUCUCCUUAUAGCUUUAUUAAUUAAAUCCUUAAUAUCCAAGUAUUUCUAAUAAUGUAGCUCUUUGUUAUUCAUAGUUGAUGGAUUUUGAUUAAGCAGAAAAAUACUUUUAAGAAGCUGAAAACCUUUGUCCAAACAAUAACUUUAUUAUGAGCAACUAAGCAAAAUAUUAUGAAUCAAGAAAAAAUAAAGAAAAAGCCAAGUGGUAUUAUUAAAAGUGCUAUGAUGUAAUGCCUAGAUAAGCGAGGGCGUGCUGUGCAUAUGGUAAAUUUUUGUGUAAACAAAAGGAAUAUGAAGAAGGGAUUUUAAAGUUUUAAGAAGGCCUAGAUCUAGAUCCUCAAUAUAUAAAUAAUUAUAUAGAAUUAGCUUAUCAUUUAGCUUCAUCUGAUAUUGAAUUAUCAAAAAAUUUAAUUUUAAAGAGUAUUGAACUUCAGCCUGAAAACGAGUAAAUUUAUAUGACUUUAGGAGAAAUUCAAAAAGCUAAUAAUUAAUAUCUUAAUGCAAUACAUUCUUACUUUGUUUGCCUCUAGCUAUCUAAAAAUGAUACUUAUAUAUAAUAUAAAGCCCAUUCUAUGCUAGGUAGAUGUUUUUUAGAAGAAAAUUUAUAUUAAAACUCACUCAAACACUUCUUUAAAGCCUCAAAUUAUGUUUAUAAAAAUUACGAUAACUAUAAUAUAAGCUAAGUAUGUAAAAUAAUAGAUGAAUCUGAAAUAGAAUUAUAAAUUUAUGCUCUUUACUUAAUAGAAUAAUAAGAGCAAGGAGCUGUCACAAAAUUUAAUAACUUUGCUAAUUAAGUUAAGACAUUAAACUUUAAAAUACUAUUUUAUGAUAGGCUAGAUAACUUAAGACAAGUUUUAUAAUUAAUUACGUAUUAAAAGCAUGUUUAGUAAUAUCUUAUUUACAGAAAUGAAUAUUCUCAUUUAGAUUUUUAUUUCGAUUGA